GGCCCGGGGGAGACACGAGGGUGAGAGAGGGGUGCAUGUCAGUGUGCUUCAAAGAGCUGUGAGAUCGAGUGACAUCAUUUACACCGAGCCGCUGGCACAAAGCAGGUGUUUUUGAGGCAAAGGUCAAUGGGAGACUCUUCCUUUGCCACCCCCCACCUCCUCCCUGGAAACGGGGCUCUCUGGGCCUGCGGAGCCCAGCGUUGCAGGGACAGAAAGCAAGACUCCCAAGAGGGCCACCAGGAGGAGGGCACAUGGCGCCACUCCUCGUCCCUCCUGGGUCCGUGUCAGUGACCUGCGGGGGCCAGAACACCACCUGAUGGCUGCUGGGUUAGGUUGCAUCCUGCGUCCUGGAGGACGGUGCCCCAUCCAAGCAGGACAUCAGCUCCAAGCUGACGCUUUGUUCCACCAGGCUGGCAGCUUCCGGGGGGCGAAGUGGUCCCAGAGGACCAGCGGAUCCCCUGGCCGGAUGCUCCUCCCACGCCUGCCUUCUUGUGAAGAGAGCCCCUUGGUCCAGCAUGACGUUGUGCAGUACUCGACACCUGACGACCCCUGGACAGUGGCGCUGGCCGAGGCUCUGUGAGAAGGAAGGGCCCCCCGCACGUCCGGACCACGUGAGGCUUCCGGUCAAGAUGGAUCGCUGGCCUUUAGGAGUAGAAGGGAUCCUUUGCCAUCCCAUUGCCUCCCGAGUUGGCUGAUGGGUCUUCGAGGGGAAACAGUGGGUCUCUGUUCCCGGCAGCUCAGAGAUUCAGAGGCGGCGAUAGCUUGGGAAGCUCGGGUGGGUGGCUUCUCAUGUAGCCUCCACCGGGGCCACGUGGCUACUGCACUCGUGGACAGUUGUACCAGCACUGGGCUGCCGGUCAGAGCCUGGCUGAGGUCACCGGCCGACUCGUUCCGUCUGCCUGGCGGUGCAGUUUCUCUCCUGUGCCGGAUGGUUGCUGCGCAGCACCGGUGGGCGUCACAAAAAUCUUCAUCCCCCGGGUCCACUCCUAGGGGACCACCCACUUGCCUCCUCCCCAGACCCCCCUACUCCCAAUCUUCCGAUCUUCCUCCUUCCCAGCCUCCGAGAAGUCAAGCCACCCUCUCCUGUUCACUGUUAACCUUAAAAAAAAAACAAAACUGCCAGCUGUUUUCCCGGCCAAGGAGGGGUUUAUUCCAGAAGAGUAUUAGAACCACCAUCCAGGACAAGCAAGCUAUGGCAAAACCCUCGGCGAGUCCGAAGGACAGAGAGAGGAGUCGCUGUUAGGAAAGGGGAGUCGGAAAGGCUGCGCGAUAAACAACAAGUCCAUCGGAGUUAACUGGGGGCUCCAGGCGUAGUGGCUUUUCACGGGCUGAGUUGUGACUUUCUCAUUGGCUGGGCUGUUUGCACACCAUAAUUGCAGACGUCAAUUUGCAAAUUGCACGUCAAUUUGCCCACCGUAAAUGCAGACGUGUUCUUGCUGGGGGCCGUUGCUCUUUGCACAUGAAAUGGGUGGCCAGGCACCCUCCCCAGAGUCCUGCUCACUGGGAGCCUUUCUCACCCCUGUCUCUCCAGGACACCUUUGGGCAGGGGUCAACAGCUACCCAGCGUUUACGUGUCCCCAAACACAAAGCCACCCAUUCUGGAACCAGGUUGGGGCGCUUUGCUCCUUUGCCAGAGAGAUCACAAGGGACCUACCCAUGCAGACAAAGUGGGAGCCAAGGGACCGGGUGCGACAGCCGUGGAUGGCAUAGGGGCCUGGGUGAUGUGUUCACGGAGCUUACUGGAACCUUCUGGUUUUAUUCGCACUUGUUCCUCCUCAGGGAGCCACUUGUGAAGGACUGUUGUUGUGCUCACUUGACUUUAUGACCUGGUGGCUCACCCAGAGCCAUCUUAACUGCUUGACCGAGGGAAUCAUCGUAUACAGUUGUCAUCGCAUUUCAGGACCCUUCUUGCUGGGCACCCAGCUUCUCCUUCAGUCCGUAGAGCCUGGGUGUGAGGACUGGCUCAGGUCCAGAAACUGGGCGAAAGGUCUUGGCUUUUGAUGCAGUGGCUGUCCUUGGGGAGGGCCAUAUCCUCGGGUGAGGCAGUUUCAUUCGGCUGAGUUAAGUUUCUGGGGAGGAGGAAAUUCAGCUGUGCCAUCAGCAGGCUACCCCCAACCCUACCCCCAGCCACUGAAAGAAAUGGGUGCCUUGAUCCUGAAGGGGAGAGCUGAUGGCACAAUGCAGCAUCCAUUAUACGUGCAUUGGACCCUUCCCACGUGUCGAAUACUUGCUUGGUGCCUCGCCGUCUCAACACCCAGUUUCCAUCUCCAAUCCAAGAUGGCAGCUCGGUCAGUGGGAGGGAAAGACCCAGCGGAGCUGAGCAGUGGGGAGACAGAGGAACUACAGCAGAUCAAAUGGCACCGGAGGCAGCUUCUGGAAGACAUCCAGAAGCUGAAGGAUGAGAUCGCAGAUGUGUUUGCCCAGAUUGAUUGCUUCGAGAUCGCGGAGGAGAGCCGGAUGGCCCAGAAAGAGAAGGAGCUAUGCAUUGGGCGUAAGAAGUUCAACAUGGACCCCAUGAAGGGUGUCCAGUAUCUCAUUGAGCACAAACUGCUGACCCCCGACGUCCAGGACAUCGCGCAGUUCCUGUACAAAGGCGAGGGCCUCAACAAGACGGCCAUCGGCACGUACUUGGGGGAGAGGGAUUCCUUCAACCUGCAGGUCCUCCAGGCCUUCGUGGACUGCCAUGAGUUUGCCAACCUCAACCUCGUGCAGGCCCUCAGACAGUUCCUGUGGAGCUUCCGGCUGCCCGGCGAGGCCCAGAAGAUCGACCGGAUGAUGGAGACUUUUGCCACCCGCUACUGCCUCUGCAACCCAGGCGUCUUCCAGUCCACAGAUACCUGCUACGUCCUGUCCUUCUCCAUCAUCAUGCUCAACACCAGCCUCCACAACCCCAAUGUCCGGGACAGGCCACCCUUCGAGCGCUUUGUGUCCAUGAACCGUGGCAUCAAUGGCGGCGGUGACCUGCCUGAGGAGCAGCUGCGGAACCUCUUCGACAGCAUCAAGAGCGAGCCCUUCUCCAUCCCCGAGGAUGAUGGCAAUGACCUCACUCAUACCUUCUUCAACCCCGACCGCGAGGGCUGGCUGCUCAAACUGGGGGGCCGCGUGAAGACGUGGAAACGGCGCUGGUUCAUCCUGACGGACAACUGUCUCUACUAUUUCGAGUUCACCACUGACAAGGAGCCUCGGGGAAUCAUCCCCCUUGAGAACCUCUCAGUGCAGGAGGUGGACGAUCCCAAGAAGCCAUUCUGCCUGGAGCUUUACAACCCCAGCUGCCGCGGCCAGAAGAUCAAGGCCUGCAAGACCGAUGGCGAGGGCAAGGUGGUGGAGGGCAAGCACGAGUCUUAUCGAAUCUCCGCCUCCAGCGCCGAGGAGCGCGACCAAUGGAUCAAGGCCAUACGAGCCAGCAUCACCCGUGUCCCCUUCUAUGACCUGGUGUCUGCUCGGAAGAAGAAGAUUGCCAACAGGCACUGAGCUUCCUGGGAGGCGGUACCGGGGGACCCCACGACUUGUGGUACCUAGAGACGUACCUCCCCCCCAGGACACGCUUUCCUGGCCCACGGACAUCCCCCCGGCCCCCAUUACUUUGGGCGAACAGGAGUGGGGGCGGCCGGGCUCGGGGGGGUGCUUGGAAAAGUCCGAGGGCUCAGAGGUGGCACUGAGGUACCCCAGCCCCGGCCACGAAAGGCCCCCGCCCUCCGCCCCAGGUCACUGCAGCAGGGAACGAGGAAAGCAGCCAAAGAGAAAAACCAGCCCCACCACCCGCCACCCUGUCCUCCCCGUGGGCCUCAGUUUCCGCUUCUGUUAAACAUCUCCUGUCCUUGAAAUGCCGUCGGCCCUCGAAGGAGGAGGAGCGGUAUGAUUCCUGAGUGCCCCCUGCCCUUGGCCAUGGCAGCGCCUCUUCCUCCUCAGGGGCUUCUCAGCCAGCCCCCUCCCCUGUCUCCAGCUGUGGCUUGGCCGUCCCUGCCGGAGGGACACACACACACACACCGCUCAGAUCCACAGACAGGAGACGCCAGGAGCAUAGAAACACGUUGCCCCCUUCUGUCUCUGUGCUGACCGCCCCCCCCCCCCAGCAAUGACAACAGCCCCGGGGGGCCGACUGUAGCCGUGCACAAGCUCCCACCUUCCUCCUCACGGACUCCUCGGCAGAAGGGCCAGAUUGUACUGGAUCCGCCUAAGGAGCUUCUGGCCCGAGAUGUCUGCGCCUGCGUGCGGACUGAGCGGGAGGGGCUCGGACCGAAGGCUACCGGGAAGCCGAGAGCCGCGUGCGCUCCGAUCUCGAGGAUGUCCGUUUUGGAGGCGGGGCAGGUGGGACUCCCCAUGAAAGUGGCAGAGAGCAUCCCAGGCGGGUGUAUCCCAGCAGGGCCGGUGGUACAGCCACAAGAAGCCAAGAAGAGAGAGCUUUGUGAACCGUGGUGACCAGGAGGACUGCCUGGAGGAGGAGUCCUCAAACCGGCUCCUUCUCAGAAGCUCUUCUCACCCCCUCGCACGGGCCCCGGGGGAGCCCCCGGAGGGAAGGUCCCUGGCAGGAAAGCAGGAGAUAAGAGGGACUCUCACUGUCCUACCGCGGGCGAGCCCGAGCAAGGUGGAGUCCGCAGGGGAGGGGAGGCAACCUCUCCUGCCCCCCCCCCACACUGACUCGUGCCCACCUUUCAUGGAGUCAGGAUAGACGAGCUGCCUUGUGAGUGGUGAGAUGCUCGUCUCUGGAGGUGUGUAAGUGCCUGCUAACGACAUGCUCCUGAAGUGGGUGUGGAUCGGGCCCCUGCGGGGGCGCGGGGGCGGAUCUUGGAGGACAUUCGAGGACUUCCGCAGACCCCGGGUCAGGCCGGGAGCUGAAUGCCACCUCAGCCGCCCCAUGAGGGGGGCCAGGGGUCCUGGAAGGAGCACUGGGCCCAGGGUCCUGGGCUCCAAGGUCCUCUCCCGCCACCGGCAUUCGCUGGCUGUGUGACCCUGGCCCCCCAGUUCCCUCUCUGGUCCUCAGCCCCCCUCUCUCAUCGUUGAUUUUCCGGGCGUGAGUGGCUGUUCUGGGAAUCACGCAGAAGACAGAAUAAAGCUCACGACGCACUCCGUGA